AUGAAGGGUUUCUCUGCUUCAAUUGGGGAAAGAAAACUGCCACAUUAUUCUUGGGAAACUUGUUUCCUUGUUCAGGAUGUGUCUUUUGAGGAAGUGGCCGUGUAUUUCUCAGAGGAAGAGUGGUCUCAGCUGGAUCCUGACCAAAAAGCUCUCCAUGGGGAAGUCAUGCUGGAGAAUUCCAGGAAUCUGGCUUACCUGGGCUAUAAUGUGCAAGUGGACAAGAAUUGUAAGGAACAAUGUGAACCGGUUCAUCCAAAAGAGAAAAACAGGAAUUUUGCCGAUCAGAUGCAAACAAAGAUUGAUGAAACAAACCCAUCACAAAGUGAAAUUAAAAAAAGCUUUCCUUUGGCCAAUUGUCUGCUUAACAAUACAAUCAUCGAUACGGGAGAAAUACCAUAUAAACGUAUGGAUUGUAAAAAGAGCUUUAAUAAAUCUGAGCAUCUCAUUUCCCAUAAAGAGAUACAUUCAGAAGACAAACAAUAUAAUUCCAUGGAAUGCGGAAAUAUCUUUUGCUGUUAUGACUCUCUUACAAUCCAUCAAAGGAAUCACACAGGAGAAAGACCCUAUAAAUGCAUGGAGUGUGGAAAGGCCUUUAUUUGUAGCAUUAGUGUUGAUUCCCACAAGAGGAUCCACGAAGGAGAGAAACCAUUUCAAUGCCUGGAGUGUGGAAAGAACUUCAUUCGUAUCAGUCAUCUUAAUACCCACAAGAUGAUCCACACAGGAGAAAAGCCUUAUAAAUGUAUGGAGUGUGGAAAGAGCUUUACGAGUAACACUUAUCUUAAUACUCACAAGAGGAUCCACACAGGAGAGAAACCAUAUCAAUGCAUGGAGUGUGGAAAGAGCUUUAUUCGUAUCGGCCGUCUUAAUUCCCACAAGAGGAUCCACACAGGAGAAAAGCCUUAUACAUGCAUAGAGUGUGGAAAGAGCUUUAAUUGUAGCACUAGUUUUAAUUCCCACAAGAGGAUCCACACAGGAGAGAAACCAUAUCAAUGCAUGGAGUGUGGAAAGAGCUUUACUCGUAGUAACGGUCUUAGUUCCCACAAGAGGAUCCACACAGAAGAGAAGCCAUAUCAAUGUCUUGAAUGUGGAAAGAGUUUUAGGUGGAAUUGUGCUCUCACCUCCCAUAAAAGGAUCCACACAGGAGAGAAGCCAUAUAAAUGUAUGGUAUGUGGAAAGGGUUUUAGGAAGAGUUGUGAUCUUACUUCCCAUAAAAGGAUCCACACAGGAGAGAAGCCAUAUAAAUGUAUGGAAUGUGGGAAAUGUUUUAAGAAGAAUUAUGAUCUGGCUUACCAUAAAAGGAGCCAUACAGGGGAUAAACCAUAUGAAUGCUUGGAGUGUGGAAAAACGUUUACUUGUAACAGUAGUCUUAAAACCCAUAAGUUGAUUCACACAGGAGAGAAGCCACACCAAUGUAUGGAGUGUGGAAGGACUUUUACUCGUAGCAGUCAUCUUAAUUCCCACAAGAUGAUCCACACAGGAGAGAAGCCCUAUCAAUGUAUGGAGUGUGGAAAGGGCUUUGGGGACAAUUAUCGUCUUACGUCCCAUGAAAUGAUCCAUACAAGGGAAAAAAACCCUAUGAAUGAAUGGAGUGUGGAAAAAGCUUUCCAAGAAGAUUCACUCUUGCUUGCCAUUGAAAGAUUCACGAAUGGGAGAAGCCAUAUCAAUACAGGUGAUGAAAAUAUGGCGUUGGGAGCUUUGGCCAGACCUCUUGUGAUUAGGAAGACCUGGGGAGAUGCAUGGGUCCAUUUUGGUGCUGGAUUAGAGGCCAGAGAGAAGAUUGAGGGACAACACCCAGAAGAUGGAGGAACUGGAAAAAGCCGUCCAGCUGGUCAGCCUCGGAGCUGUGGGAAGAAUGGGGGAAGUCGGCAGAAGAGCCAAGAAGAGGAAGCCAGCAGUUCAGAGGUCCAAUGUUGUGACUUCAACAAAGUGGAGUUCCAGAAGGGGAAGAGUCCCCGAGAUGUUUGCAGUCAGCUUCACCAUCUUUGCCAUCAAUGGCUGCAGCCAGAAAGACACACCAAGGCUCAGAUGCUGGACCUGGUGCUCCUGGAGCAGUUCCUGGCUGUCCUUCCCCCAGAGAUGGAGAAAUGGGUGCGGGAGUGUGGAGCGGAGACCAGUUCCCAGGCGGUGGCCCUGGCCGAGGGCUUCUUGCUGACCCAGGAGUCUGAGAAGAUGCAAGAAGAGUUGGAGUCCUUGCAAGCUAUCACCGAGUAUCCACAGGGGUGGAAAGAUUCAUCGAAAUCCUCCCAGGAGCUGUUUUUUAGGGAGAGCUUCCAGGAAGGUCAAAGUCAGGACAUCAAACCAGGUAAUCAAAAGCUGCCCUUAGUAUUUUUAGAACCAACUUCUCUUUGUGAAAGAGCUGAAAGAAUGGCUGAACUUCUGCCUCAGGAUGUUGUGUCUUUUGAGGACGUGGCCGUGUAUUUCUCAGAGGAGGAGUGGUCUCAGCUGGAUCCUUCCCAAAAAGCUCUCCAUGGAGAAGUCAUGCUGGAGAAUUCUAGGAAUCUGGCUUACCUGGGCUAUAAUGUGCAAAUGAAUAAGAAUUGUAAGGAACAAUGUGAACCGGUCCAUCCGACAGAGAAAAACACGAAUUUCGCAGAUGAGAUGCAAACAAAGAUUGAUUUAACAAACCGAUCACAGAGUGAAAUUAAAAAAAGCGUUCCUUUGGCCAAUUGUCUUCUUAACCAUACAAUCAUUGAUACGGUAGAAAUACCAUGUACCGGUCAAUGCAUGGAUUACAGAAAGAGCUUUAAUAAAUCGGAGGAUCUCAUUUCCCACAAAAAAACACAUUCAGAAGACAAACAAUAUACCUGCAUGGAAUGCGGAAAGACCACCUGUUGUUAUGACUCUCUUGCAGUCCAUCAAAGGAAUCACACAGGAGAACGACCUUAUAAAUGCAUGGAGUGUGGAAAUGCAUUUAAUUGGAGCUGUCGUCUUAAUGCCCACAAAAGGAUCCACACAGGAGAGAAGCCUUAUCAAUGCAUGGAGUGUGGAAAGACCUUUCUUUGUAGCAGUCAUCUGAAAUCCCACAAGAGGAUCCACACAGGAGAGAAGCCUUAUACAUGCAUGGAGUGUGGAAAGGCCUUUCAUUGUAGCAGUAAUCUUAAUUCCCACAAGAGAAUUCACACUGAAGAGAAACCAUAUCAAUGUCUUGAAUGUGGAAAAAAAUUUAGGUGGAAAUUUGAUCUCACCUCUCAUAAAAGGAUCCACACAGGAGAGAAACCAUAUAAAUGUAUGGAAUGUGGAAAGAGUUUUAGGUGGAAUGGUGUUCUCGCCUCCCAUAAAAGGAUCCACACAGGAGAGAAGCCACAUAAAUGUAUGGCGUGUGGAAAGGGAUUUAGGAGGAAUUGUGAUCUUACGGAUCAUCAAAUGAUCCAUACAAGGGGAAAAAACCUAUGAAUACGUGGAGUGUUGAAAAAGCUUUCGAAGACGAUACACUCUUACUUGCCAUAGAAAGAUCCACAAACAGGAGAAGCCAUAUCAAUACAGCUGAUGAAAAUAACUGAAUUCAGAUUUACUGUGUGAGAUGGUGACUAAUGAUAACCAAUAGGACUGAGAAAGUAUUUUUCAAUCUAAACUAUCGGUGUCACUGGUUCCUUUCCGCAUGUUCUGUGGAAAAAUGUUCAGAGGAAGAUCUCUGAAAGGAGCCCCAACUGUUGCUAGCUUUAGAAACACACAUGCAAAAGUUUUUUCUCUAGUGAAGGUGCCAAAUUCUGUUUUCCUGUGGAAUCAGAAAGUCUCAGACAAAAGCUAAAAUUAUUUUUUUGGGGGUACAUGUAUUUGUAGUUUUAGAUUAAAUGAAAGAAGUACAGUCAGUGUCAAUAUUUAACAGGUGGUCAAUGUAUCCCAAAGGAAAAGGGGAAUUCAAAGUAUUCUGGCAUCAGAAGCUGUCGAGCAUCAACUGAGGAAAGGGACUUUUGAAAACUGCAGAGCAUGAAAUAAAGUUAGGGCAAUCGCUUCUGGAAUUGAUGAUAGAGAUCUGCCACAUUGGGAUGUGCUUCAAUUCACUGAAUAAUUACUACUAUUUUGGGUUUGGGAAUCUCACUCCAGGUUGAAAUCAUUUACUCAAGAGAGGGCUUAGCAAUAUGCUGUCAGAUUUCUGAGGUAGCCAGAGAGGAAUCAGGGCCAGACAGUCUUAACUCUUUUGUAAGGUUAUUGUACUACUACUAUUCCUACUCUGUUGUAAAACUCUAUUAAUAAUUUUUUUCAAGUCUGAAAGUACAAACUCGCUGUUCCUUAAAGUUGCUUCUCACUGUGAGAUGGACGGCAUAUGCAUUGAAUUAAUAAAUAAAUAAUAAAUAACGGCCUCAUAGAUUGUUUUUAAGAUUCCUUCCUUGCCAGUUAUGCAGCUGCAUACUCCUCCACCUUUUAUUUGAUAUUUCCUUGAGUAGCAUCUUUUCCCCUUAUCCCGCAAGGUGAGUCUCAGAAACCUUUGCAAGUCCCUAGUGCUGUGGAAAUAUCUAUACCUUUAAAUUUAUUAGCUUUGUCCAAAGGCAGUAACUAUCAAGGAAAGUUCUUUUAGAGGAAAUGACUGACUAGCCAAGCAUUCAAGAAGAAGCU